AUGAAGCAAACGCCCAUCCACUACUCCACCAUCUCCCCAACACCAACUCCAAACCCCCACAAAGACCUCGCUGCCUCCUUUGCGCAGCACGCACGUUUCAUACUCUCCGCACCCCGCUGCAACGUCAACGACAACGGCGGUAAUGUAGCUGUACCACCGUUGCUGCUACUAUUGCUGCAGGCCGGUGAUGAACUACUAGUAUUAACCAAUGACGAUGACGAUGACGAUGAUGAUGAUGAUGAUGAUGAUGAUGACGACGACGACUGUGGGACCAGAAACGAGUCAGCAACAUUGCUGUCUGUGGUAACAACGGUUGUGCCAUCAUCCUCGUCACUUCGAAAGGCGGUGCAGGGUGAGAAAGGCAAGAAAGUUCUUCGCGAACGUUGGUGUGAAGGCAAGGUCCGUCCGAAGGUGGGCGACCGCGUUUGCGGUAGGAACGAAGAACAAGUUAAGGUAGAGUAG